AUGAGCUCGGCCGGCGCCCCGGGCGCCCCGCCCGCCGGGACGCCCGUGAACAGCCUCCAUGAGGCCCUGGACCAGUGCAUGACCGCCCUGGACCUCUUCCUCACCAACCAGUUCUCAGAAGCACUCAGCUACCUCAGGCCCAGAACCAAGGAGAGCAUGUACCACUCGCUGACGUAUGCCACCAUCCUGGAGAUGCAGGCCAUGAUGACCUUUGACCCUCAGGACAUCCUGCUCGCUGGCAACAUGAUGAAGGAGGCGCAGUUGCUGUGUCAGAGGUACCGGAAGAAGUCCUCUGUGACAGAUUCCUUCAGCAACCUAGUGCACCGCCCCACCAUGGACCAGUUCACGGAAGAGGAGAUCCACGCCGAGGUCUGCUACGCAGAGUGCCUGCUGCAGAGAGCAGCCCUGACCUUCCUGCAGGAUGAGAACAUGGUGAGCUUCAUCAAGGGCGGCAUCAAAGUUCGAAACAGCUACCAGACUUACAAGGAGCUGGACAGCCUGGUGCAGUCCUCACAGUACUGCAAGGGGGAGAACCACAGGCACUUCGAAGGCGGCGUGAAGCUUGGUGUGGGCGCCUUCAACCUGACGCUGUCCAUGCUUCCUACUAGGAUCCUGAGGCUGCUGGAGUUUGUGGGAUUUUCAGGAAACAAGGACUACGGGCUGCUGCAGCUGGCGGAGGGUGCCUCGGGGCACAGCUUCCGGGCCGUGCUCUGCGUCAUGCUGCUGCUGUGCUACCACACCUUCCUCACCUUCGUGCUCGGCACUGGGAAUGUCAACAUCGAGGAGGCAGAAAAGCUCUUGAAGCCCUACCUGCAGCGAUACCCUAAGGGCGCCAUCUUCCUGUUCUUUGCAGGGCGGAUCGAAGCCAUCAAAGGCAACGUGGACGCCGCCAUCCGGCGCUUUGAGGAGUGCUGUGAGGCUCAGCAGCACUGGAAGCAGUUCCACCACAUGUGCUACUGGGAGCUGAUGUGGUGCUUCACCUACAAGGGCCAGUGGAAGAUGGCCUACUUCUACGCCGACCUGCUCAGCAAGGAGAACUCCUGGUCCAAGGCCACCUACAUCUACAUGAAGGCUGCCUACCUCAGCAUGUUUGGGAAGGAUGACUACAAGCCGUUUGGGGAUGAUGAAGUGGAGUUGUUUAGGGCUGUGCCAGGCCUGAAACUCAAGAUAGCUGGGAAGUCUCUACCCACAGAGAAGUUUGCCAUCAGGAAGUCCAGGCGCUACCUCGCUCCCAAACCCAUCUCAUUGCCAAUCCCUGCUCUGGAAAUGAUGUACAUUUGGAAUGGCUACGCUGUGAUUGGGAAGCAGCCUGAACUCACAGAUGGGAUACUUGAGAUUAUCACCAAGGCUGAAGAGAUGCUGGAAAAGGGCCCAGAGAACGAGUACUCAGUGGAUGAUGAGUGCUUGGUGAAGCUGCUGAAAGGCCUGUGUCUGAAAUACCUGGGCCGUGUCCAGGAGGCCGAGGGGAAUUUCAGGAGCAUCUCUGCCAAUGAAAAGAAGAUUAAAUAUGACCACUACUUGAUCCCAAAUGCCUUGCUGGAGCUGGCUCUGCUGUUUAUGGAGCAAGGCAGAAAUGAAGAGGCUGUCAAACUCUUGGAAACUGCCAAGCAGAACUACAAGAAUUACUCCAUGGAGUCAAGGACACACUUUCGAAUCCAGGCAGCCACACUCCAAGCCAAGUCUUCUCUAGAGAAUGUAAGCAGAGCCGUGGUCUCAUCAGUGUCCCUGUAG